AUGAAGGGCCUCGUGCUGUCUUCCGUCCUCGCUCUCGCACCUCUCGCCCUCGCCGCCUGGCCAGAGGCCGAGGGAAAGGACAUCAAGUACACGUCUGUUCCUGGGUACUUUUUGCAGGACGACAACAGCACUGAUCCGACCGGCUUCGACUAUGCCGCGGUCAACUUUGGUCUCGUCAACCGGACGUACCCAACGGACAAGCACUUCGACCCCGAGGGCGUCAAGACCCAAUGGCAGCGUUUCGACCACUGGGUCCAGUACCUGAACUCUGGCUGCCGCAAGAGCGACAGCGUUCAGUACAAGCUGCUCUUCAUGGGCCGCCAUGGUGAGGGCUGGCACAACGCCGCCGAGUCAUUCUACGGCACUCCCGCCUGGAACUGCUACUGGGCCGAACAAGACGGCAACGCCACCGCACGCUGGGCCGAUCCCCUCCUGACCCCGGCCGGCGCAAACGAAGCCCUCAAGGCAAACGCCUACUUCAAGGACCGCUACGCGACCCAGAAGAUGCCCUACUUCGAGUCCUACUACACCAGCCCCCUGAUCCGCUGCGGCUACACCGCCAACAUCACCUUUGGCGACAUCCCCAUCCCCGCGGACGAGCACCCCUUCGUCCCCGUCGUCAAGGAAGGCUUCCGCGAGGGCAUGACGGUACACACCUGCAACUGGCGCUCCAACAAGACCUACAUCGCCUCGACCUUCCCGUCUUUCGAAUUCGAGCCGGGGUUCGCGGAAUACGACCCCCUCUGGCGCCGCAACGAGAGCGAGACGAGCGACGCCCAGGACGCGCGGUCGAAGGCCGUGCUGGACGACGUCUUCCGCACCGACGACAAGACGUGGUUGAGCAUCACCAGCCACUCGGGCGAGAUCACCAAGCUCCUGAAGGCGCUGAAUCACCGCGCUUUCCGGCUGUCGACGGGCCAGAUUAUUCCCGUGUUUGUGAAAGCCGAGGUCGUGGCGCCGGUGCCGGUGCCGACAUUUGCGGCGCAUGAGCCGUAUUCCACGUGUACGAGCCCGCCUGUGACGAGUAUUGCUGGACAGGGGUGUGUUUGCGCGACGACGGCUUCGUCGGGGCUGCUCCCGGCGGCUACGCUUAUGGCGGCGUGA